AUGCCGACGUUACGCGAGGCGUUCAACUCUGAGAAACUCACGCCAUGUUGGACUAUGGUGAUAUUUUCGUUUAUGGUGGCGUUUACGUUGUCUAUUUUAGAUUUGGCUGUGAAUUUAACUGAUCUUCAUUUACCUGUGGUAAUAAUGUGGAUAGUAACAGUUACUUCUGUUCUUUUCACUGCUGUUUACUGGUGUUAUCAGAAUUCAUCUUUUAAACGCCGGCUCAAGGAAGGAUCAUGUAUGAGAUUUGGUCGCGAAAAAGAUUUCGAGAAACGAUCUCUCUCUCCACGACACAAAGAAGGUAACAGUGAAGAAGAAACGGCAAAUUAUGGAAUGGAAAGCACAACAAGGAUUACUCAGGGUGUCUCAAAUGAGUAA